AUGAACUGCUCCACGAAUUCUAGCAUCGGUAACCGCGCUACCAAUCAGAAUCUAAACAGCAGCCUCGCUUCUAGCAUUAAUUCCAGUAAUUCCACGUCCUACAGAUUCCAGACGUGUCUUGCCGACCAGAUCGUCUCGGAGGCGCAGACGUGGUCGCUGUCGUCGCUGUACAACUUCUCCUGGGUCGUGUCUUACUUCGUCACGGGCACUUCCCGCAUGGUCUUCAGAUACAGCUGGUACCUGCUGACAUUAUCGCUUUUAAGGUUUCCGAAAUGGAUCUUCCUCAGGUUCCACCACGUCCGCUUCACGCUCUCCUUUUGGCUGAUCCUGUUUGCUCUGGCCAUCAUCUUGUAUGUGACCUACUCCAUCUUGAAGGAAAGAAUCCUUUCGCAGUACAAGAAACUGACCCCGGAGUUUCUGCCGCUGGAUGAUACUGGCAAAGCCGCCUCCGGCGCCAGUGCCACAGCAGCAGCCACUCCAUCAAACGACCCGUCCUCUAUUACAGGCUCACCCAUCACGGAUCCAAGCUCAAACGACAACUCGAAAAAGCAGUCUUUGAAAGACGGCAACGAAAACGAAACGUUUCUUUCAUCGUACCUAGACCAGUUUCUAAGCGCCAUCAAAAUAUUUGGCUACUUGGAAAAACCGGUGUUCCAUGAAUUGACCAAGAAUAUGAAAACGCAAAAACUGGACGAGGGCGAGAUCUUGCUGUUGGACAGCACCAUCGGGUUUGCCAUCGUCGUAGAGGGCACUUUGCAAUUGUACCAUGAAGUGGACCAUUCGGAAAAGGACCAGGACGAUGGAGCCGACCAAAGUGACACGGAUUACUCUGACGACGACGACGACGACGACGAAGACGACGACGGAGACACCAGGUCUUGUUCUUCCGGCCCCAUUGGUGAAGAAGACGAAUCCGUGGGUUACAUCCGGUUGAAAAACGGACUAGGGAAGUUCCAACUACUGAACACUGUCAAGUCAGGGAACCCACUGACUUCUCUUGUGAGCAUUUUAAACCUAUUCACGCACUCCAUGCCCUCGGAAAACUCCGGGUUCUCUUCGGACUUGUCUUCUCCAGUAGAUACCACUGUCACCGGCAGCAAUUUGUUUUAUUCAUCAGAGCACAACUUCUCCGCCACGGAUUCCAUGGCGCAUUCCAGCAGUGGCUCUCGAACUUUCCCCUCUUCCAUGCCUAAGCUAGUCGCCCGGGCGGCUACGGACUGUACCAUAGGGAUCAUCCCGCCGCAAUCGUUUGCCAAAUUGACUGCGAAGUACCCGCGGUCUGCAUCUCACAUCAUCCAGAUGGUGCUUACGAAACUGUACCAUGUUACUUUCCAAACUGCUCACGACUAUUUGGGGCUAACGAAGGAGAUUAUGGAUAUCGAGGUCCUGUUGAAUAAGUCCAUCGUUUACGAGUUGCCAUAUUAUUUAAAGGAGGCCGUUAUCCGCAAGUUCAAAAAUGCAGAUAAGACUAGUGGAUCGAGUGACUCAAAUCUCGAUGCUAACAAGAAUAAAGCAACUUCCGAGUUGAAAAAACAAUCUAAAUCCAAGCCCGCAGAAGACAUUAUAAACUCGCUCAAGAUAGCCAACGCCAACGCGAGUUCAAGCUCAAACUCCCUUUUGAUCAAACCGGAAUUCAUCCAUCAUCCAAGUUCAAGACACGUCGUACUGGGUUCAAGAGACCAGUUCAACCCUGGUGAUCUUUUGUCGAAUGUUCCAUUGUCAAGAACAAUGGAUAUCUUGUCGCCCAGCCCGGUCCAUGUCAACAACCGUCCCAAACUAAACGGCCUCAACACUGCUGCUCCGGCCCAUUACAAAAGAUCUUCUAGAAGUAGCAGCAACAAUGCUUCCAUCCACUCCAAAAGAUUGUCUUCUUUGUCUCCAGAGUUUCACAACCCCCAACUCAACACAUCACCUUUGCUUUUGGAAAACACUUCUACGUAUGACCAUAGGCACUCAAGCCCAACCUUUUUGAAGAAAGGGCGUGCCUCUCCAAGACCCAAUCUACUUCCUACAACGUCUUUUUCUGCAGCUCAAGAGGAGACCGAGGAAUCUUCUCUAAGAAUGGCUCUAGUCGAGGCAAUGCUAACGUAUUUGGGAGUUAAUAAAAGCAAUAUGUCCAUUUCACCUUCUUCGUCAGCAAACAAGUCCACCUCAAAAUCUUCAUUGUAUGAUGAUAUUUAUAACCGUCAUCCGAGUAAUGCAAGUUUCUUAAUGAACUCUAACUAUCCACCGUCUGACGUUUCUGUAGCUUCGUCACUUACCUCCUCUCAAACCCAACAGACGAUGUUAAGAAUCUUACCCAAGGAAUACACUAUUUCCUCUACUAAAAGGCAUAGCAACAAUAGAAACCUGAAUAAGAAAAAAGCUAAAAUUUACAAGGAGGAAUUAACCCCAAACUUGGAUUUCGAAAAUGUCAAAAACGACUUUGCCCAAGGUAUCCAACUGAAGUUUUACAAACGUGGUACCACUAUCGUGGAACAAAACUCUCGUGGUAAGGGCCUUUUCUAUAUCAUUUCCGGUAAGAUUAACGUAACAACAAAUUCUUCAGCAUCCUUCGCAACGUCAAUGCCUAAACCCGAAAAGGGUCCUCCUCAGACCUCACGCAUGGGCGAGAAAUCUCACCAUUCUCAUAAUCUGUUAUAUACUGUGGGUUCCGGUGGUAUUGUGGGUUAUCUAUCCUCGUUAAUUGGUUACAAGUCUUUUGUUAACCUAGUUGCCAAAACAGACGUUUACGUUGGAUUUUUGUCCAGUGAAAUCUUGGAAAGACUAUUCGAUAAAUAUUUCCUAAUAUAUUUGCGGAUUUCCGACUCACUAACCAAAUUGUUAUCCACAAGAUUGUUGAAGCUAGACCACGCUUUAGAGUGGGUCCAUUUAAGAGCUUCUGAAACGCUGUUCUCGCAGGGCGACUCGGCAAAUGGUAUCUAUGUUGUUUUAAAUGGUAGAUUAAGGCAGCUACAACAACAGUUGUUAUCUAACUCUGAUACAAAGUCCGGAGAAGCUGAAACUCAAAAUAUUAUUUUAGGUGAAUUAGCGCAGGGUGAGAGUUUUGGUGAGGUUGAAGUUCUCACUGCCAUGAAUAGAUAUUCUACCAUAGUGUCUGUGAGAGAUUCUGAACUAGCGAGAAUUCCAAGAACGUUGUUUGAGUUACUAGCUCUUGAGCAUCCAUCCAUCAUGAUUAGAGUUUCAAGAUUGGUCGCUAAGAAGAUCGUCGGAGAUAGAACUGUCCCCACAUUGACGGGAGACCCAUUGUCUACGAAGCAAAACGACUUCAGCACUUUAAUUCCUCCAACAAAGGCAUCUUACUCUAGUUCAUUAAGUCAUAAACCUCAAAAUAUCACUUCUGGAACAAUCACCUUCAGAACUAUAACCAUUUUACCGAUUACUAGUGGCUUACCUGUAGAAGCUUUUGCUAUGAAAUUAGUUCAAGCUUUUAAACAAGUUGGAAGGACUACCAUUGGUUUGAAUCAAAGAACCACCUUAACACAUUUGGGUCGCCAUGCAUUUGAUAGAUUGUCCAAAUUAAAACAAAGUGGCUAUUUCGCUGAAUUAGAAGAAAUGUAUCAGACUGUUGUUUAUAUCUCAGACACGCCUGUUAAAUCCAACUGGACAAGAACCUGUAUCGCACAAGGUGAUUGUAUCCUCUUAUUGGCAGACGCUGGAUCUCCAUCUGCUAACAUUGGAGAAUAUGAGAAGCUAUUGUUGAAUUCAAAGACUACUGCAAGAACCGAGUUAAUUCUUCUACAUCCAGAAAGAUACGUGGAACCAGGAUUAACCCAUAAAUGGCUACGCUACAGACCGUGGGUUCAUUCGCAUCAUCAUAUUCAGUUUAGUUUAGCAGGAACAACUUUAAUGAACGAGGGCAAAAUGCACACGCUAAAUAACGGUGCGUUAGCAUUAAUGGACAAGUUGAUCCAAACAGAAUUCAGUAGGAAGACCCAACAAAACAUUUCGAAACUACUUCCCAACUCUAUCAGAAACACGGUGGAAAACUUUUCCUCGAGAUUUAUGAAAAGUAAAAGGCAAUACUAUACCCCAGUUCAUAGGCAUAAAAAUGAUUUCCUAAGGCUGGCUAGAAUUCUUUCUGGCCAAGCCAUCGGGCUUGUCCUUGGUGGUGGUGGUGCUAGAGGUAUUAGUCACUUGGGGGUUAUUCAGGCUAUCGAAGAGCAAGGUAUCCCUAUUGAUGUUAUUGGAGGAACCUCUAUUGGUUCUUUUGUCGGAGGUUUGUAUGCAAAAGACUAUGAUUUGGUUCCAAUUUAUGGCCGUGUGAAGAAGUUUGCUGGUCGAAUUUCUUCUAUAUGGAGAAUGUUAACAGACUUAACCUGGCCUGUUACUUCAUAUACUACCGGUCACGAGUUUAAUAGAGGUAUUUGGAAAACAUUCGGUGAUACAAGGAUUGAAGACUUUUGGAUCCAGUAUUAUUGUAAUUCUACUAAUAUCACCGAUUCGGUUCAAGAGAUACAUUCCUUUGGUUAUGCGUGGAGAUACAUUAGAGCUUCGAUGUCGCUUGCUGGCCUUUUACCUCCAUUAGAAGAGAACGGUUCAAUGCUGCUCGACGGUGGGUAUGUCGAUAAUUUACCUGUUACUGAAAUGAGAGCACGUGGAUGCCAAACUAUAUUCGCCGUUGAUGUUGGUUCUGUAGAUGAUAGAACGCCUAUGGAAUAUGGUGAUUCCCUAAAUGGAUUUUGGAUCAUCUUCAAUAGAUGGAAUCCAUUUUCAUCCCACCCAAAUAUACCCAACAUGGCUGAAAUCCAGGUAAGAUUGGGUUACGUUGCAUCAGUGAAUGCCUUAGAGAAGGCCAAAAAUACGCCAGGUGUCGUUUACGUCAGGCCACCUAUUGAAGAUUACGCUACCUUAGAUUUUAGUAAGUUUGAAGAGAUAUACCAUGUGGGUGUUGAUUACGGUCGCGUGUUUUUACAGGGUUUAAUCGACGACGAUAAGAUGCCAUACAUUCCAGGUUCUCAAGAAACUGCUUUGAAGUCUCAAGUUCCUGAGUUUUUGUUACAUAGAAGAAACAGUGUUUGA